AUGGAAGCUUUAUAUCUGGUCUGCCCCACAGAAUCCAUAAUUGAUCGGGUCAUCAAAGACUUCCCUCAUGGUCGUGUCUUGUACAAGGCUGCUCAUGUUUUUUUCACAGAGGCAUGUUCUGAAGAGCUCUUCAACAAACUCUGUCGUGCUCCAGUUGCAAAAUACAUAAAGACUCUGAAGGAAAUCAACAUUGCAUUCUUGCCAUAUGAGGGCCAAGUUUUUUCAUUGGAUCACCCAAAAGCAUUGCAGUAUUAUUUCCAGCCUGUUACAUCACAGGCAAACCAUAACCGCCAGCAGGUGAUGGAGCGAAUGGCUGAACAGUUGGCAACUCUCUGUGCCACUUUGGGGGAAUAUCCAUCAGUCAGAUACAGAAGUGAUUACCCCAAGAAUGUGGAGUUAGCCCAGAUUGUCCAGCACAAAUUGGAUGCUUAUAAAGCUGAUGAACCAACAAUGGGUGAAGGGCCUGAAAAGGCCCGUUCCCAACUUCUGAUUUUAGACAGGGGCUUUGAUGCUGUAUCACCAUUACUUCAUGAACUCACCUUUCAGGCCAUGGCAUAUGACCUCAUUAACAUAAAAAAUGAUGUAUAUACAUAUGAGGCAUCUAAGGGUGUACCCUUUAAGGAGGUCAUCCUUGAUGAGCAAGAUGACAUGUGGGUCACCCUGAGACACCAACAUAUAGCUGUAGUUUCCAAGCAGGUGUCUGACUUCAUGAAGGACUUCAUGAAGUCUAAGAGGAUGGACACGGACAAGGCUUCCAUGAGGGACCUGUCUCAGAUGAUCAAGAAAAUGCCACAGUAUCAGCAAGAGCUAAGCAAGUACUCCACCCACCUGCACCUGGCAGAGGACUGCAUGAAGGUAUAUCAAGGUUAUGCAGAUAAACUGUGCAAAGUGGAGCAGGACCUGGCAAUGGGGACUGAUGCUGAGGGUGAAAGAAUUCGUGAUCACAUGAAAAACAUAGUCCCGGUUCUCUUGGACAAUUCAGUUGAUGUCAGUGACAAAAUCCGCAUAAUCCUCUUGUUUAUCUUGGCCAAGAAUGGUAUCAGUGAGGAAAAUCUGGGGAAGCUGAUGCAGCAUGGUCAAAUUCCUCAAGCUGAACGGUCUACCCUUGUCAACUUGAAUCAUCUUGGCCUCAACGUUGUCAUUGAUGGGAAUCGCAAGAAGAUCUACCAGCCUACCCGGAAGGACAGGAUUUCAGAGCAAACUUACCAGACAUCUCGCUGGACCCCACUGAUUAAAGACAUAAUGGAGGAUGCCAUUGAGGACAAGCUUGACCAGAAGCACUAUCCUUUUCUUGCUGGGAGGGGAGCAGCUGGGGCAGGGAUGCGGAGUGGGGCAACUGUCAGUGCCCGCUAUGGUCAGUGGCAUCGGGAGAAGACUCAGACUUCAGUCAAAAAUGUCCCUCGACUUAUCAUCUUUAUUGUCGGAGGGGUGACUUUCUCUGAAAUGAGGUCUGCAUAUGAGAUUACCAAUGCAUACAAGAACUGGGAAGUCAUCAUUGGUUCUACACAGAUCCUUACUCCAGCUGAUUUCCUGAAGAAUUUGAAGGAGUUGGAGAGUGCUGUUUAG